CGCGGAGCCUGCCGGGAGUAGUAGUCCAGUGACCCGGCGCGUCCUCCGUAGCCCGUGCGAAUUGGACUACAAUGCCCAGUACGCCCUGUGCUUCGCGCCCCCUUCCCUUUCAGCCUCCGGAGCCGGGGAGGCACGCAGACCUCUUGACAGGGAACCGGUAUGGCGGCGUCUUUGGGCAACGGGGAGCGCUGGACUGAAGCUUAUAUUGAUGCAAUUAGAAGAAACAAAUACUCAGAAGACAGACCUCCUGAGAGUCAUGACCCCUGUGGUUGCUGUAACUGUAUGACGGCACAGAAAGAAAAGAAGUCUGAGAAUGAGUGGAAUCAGACCCGGCAGGGUGAGGGGAGUGCCACUUACACUGAGGAGCAGCUGCUUGGGGUGCAAAGGAUCAAGAAAUGCAGAAAUUACUAUGAAAUUCUGGGAGUUUCACGAAAUGCCAGUGAUGAAGAGCUUAAGAAAGCUUAUCGAAGACUCGCCCUGAAAUUUCAUCCUGACAAGAACUGUGCUCCUGGAGCAACAGAUGCUUUCAAAGCAAUAGGAAAUGCCUUUGCAGUCCUGAGCAAUCCUGAGAAGAGACUCCGCUAUGAUGAAUAUGGAGAUGAACAGGUGACUUUCACUGCCCCUCAAGCCAGACCUUAUAAUUAUUACAGGGACUUUGAGGUCGACAUCACUCCAGAAGAACUAUUCAACGUCUUCUUUGGAGGACAUUUUCCUACAGGAAAUAUUCAUAUGUUUUCAAAUGUGACAGAUGAUAUCCACUGUUACCGCCGGCAUCACAGACAUGAGAGAAUGCAGAUGCGGAAGGAAGAGGAAGAAGAUAAACCUCAGACUACAUAUUCUGCAUUUAUCCAGUUACUUCCAGUCCUUGUGAUUGUGAUUAUAUCUGUCAUUACUCAGCUGCUGACUGCUAAUCCCCCAUAUAGUCUGUUUUACAAAUCGACCUUGGGCUACACCAUUUCUAGGGAAACCCAGAACCUGCAGGUGCCUUACUUUGUGGAUAAAAACUUUGACAAGGCCUACAGAGGAGCAUCUCUGCGUGACCUGGAGAAGACAAUAGAGAAGGAUUACAUUGAUUACAUCCAGACGAGUUGUUGGAAGGAGAAACAACAAAAGUCGGAGUUGACAAAUUUGGCAGGAUUAUACAGAGAUGAACGAUUGAAACAGAAAGCAGAGUCACUGAAACUUGAAAACUGUGAAAAACUUUCCAAACUUAUUGGCCUACGCAGAGGUGGCUGAGAGGAUGAUAGUCCUACACAGGGUUGGGUUUUGCUACUUAUUACACUAUUUAUGUUCCUAAUGUCAUUUUAUAAUACAAAAUUAGGAAAUAAUGAACAUUUUACUAUUUGCUAACUGUUUGCUAACUGUUUUCAAGGAGCAUUAAGCCAAAUUUGUCAUCAUAGAAUCCUUCCUGGGGAUUGGCUCCAGGGGUGAGGGACAGAUCAUCUAAACUGAAUUAAUGACAAAGAAUUUGAUCAGCUCUCUGCUUGUACCCUGCCUACCCUGCCUCUAUGAAUGUGGUUCAGGGCAUCCCAGAGCAAAUCCUUUUUGCCUUUUUCAGGUAAGUCUCAAUACCCAGGCAUCCCUAGGCUUAGCGAAAACAGCUUAAUAGUAGUUAUUUGCAAUGCAUUCCAAGAAUUAUACCUUUCCCUUCAUUAGAAUCUUCAUCUCCCCAAAGAUUCAGCCUUUGGAACAUGCUAAGGGGAAUGUGGAGAAGUUUAAACUCAUUGUAGCCAAUAAUUUUUUAUUUCCCUGGUCUCUCUUCAGAGUUGCCAACAUUUGCACACUACCUGUUUAUAAGUUCUUUUAUUUCCUCAACCCCUUCCUCUUAUAGAGGGGCCAGAAAUGAAAAACCAUUGAGCUGUUGAAACAGUUCAUCUGACAACUGAGUAGCCGGAAGCAAGGGCCAUGGGUAGAGGUAAAAGGCAAGACUGAGUCUCAGCUCCUCGAUGCAGGUCCCCCAGUCCAUCAUAGAACCCAGAGAAUGUUUUGUUUUGUUUGGAUUUUUUUUUUUUUUUUUUUUUUUUUUAGUCAUUUCCCCUGGCAGCAUCACCCUUGAGCUGAGUCACUACACCCCACAUGGUACAGUGGUCAGAACCAAGAGGUAGCAGUGCCAGCCAGGCAGGCUGUUUGCUCAAGUUUAGAGAUAGAGGGGAAAGAUCUUCUCUCCUUGGUAUGGGGGGACUAGUGUUGGCACCAGCAACCACUUUAUUUAACCCAGUGCCCUGUAGUUUGUGCUACAAGAUGUUGUUUAAUUCAUUCAGCACUUAAAUUGAGUACCUACCAUGAAGCAGGGGCAUUCACAUAUAUUUUCUUAUUUAAACCUCCUCAUGACUCGUGAAGUAGGUGUAUUAUCCCUGUUUUUAUGAAUGAGAACAAUGAUUAAUCAGACAGGUGCCUCUCAUUUCACCAAGAAAAACAAAAUCUGUCAGCAAGCUGAUUAAGAAGGGAUAGGCAUAUUUCAAAAUGAUUACAAUAGCAUUUUCACAAGUAUGGUCCUUUAAACAUUGAAUAGCAACAGUCAACAGUUUAGUCUUAAGUGGCUCCAAGGGAGUGAAGCAAUUUGCACUGCUCAAGGAUGCCAUGGGCAAAGGUAAAAUAACAAAAAAUAUAAAGUGGUUUGCCUUGGCCACCCAACUAGUAGUGGCAGAACUAGAUGCUGGCUGAUUAUCAAGUAGGAAGUGUGAAAUCAUCCCCAUCACUUGGGUGAUUCUAGCCAGAUUGGUAAAGCAGAGGCCCUCCCACCCUGUGCCCUGUACCCUUCUAUGGCAGCCCUGUGUUCAUUCAGGACCCCUUCCUGACUGGUCUUUAGAAGCAGGAUUCUUGACACAAGUUCUUUAGAAAUUCCUUAAAGACAGGCAGUCCUUCCCACUGGUGACAAGGAAAGAGGCAAGUUGUUGCCUGGGCUAUGUGGUCUGACCUUUGUGCUGAGGUGAACUACCUGGAUGAGCUGCCCAGAUUAUCAUGAAUCUCUGAACUUGGAAGUUCUUUUUUAACUUGGAAGGUGACUGUAGUCGACAUUCCAUGUUUUCUUCAGGACAGACGACUCCUUCCCUGUUGGAGAGAGAUACUUCAUUAAAACUGAUUUCCAAAGUAGAGCUUCCCCUUUCAGUUGCACAGCCAUGUUUUAAACAGAAGCAUCCAGCAUGGUUCUGCAUGUACUCCACAGGCCAGGAGUGGGAGUCCAUAGGUACAGAGUGGGGUUCUGGUGGGUCUUAGGAGAUAGCUGCUCAGCUGUAGGGAUGGGGGACAGUUCUAGAGAUAGUCGGAUUUUAAUCUCUCUGGCCAGAUUAAAUCUGUCCUCUGGUUUUUGGGGGGUCUCCUUAACCUCCUCUGAGUGACUGAAGGAAUCAACACCGUAAAAUGUGUCCAUGAGCCAGACAGGCUGUGGAGGGUUGUUUUCCUGUGCAUCCAAAAACCAAAGCUUUCCUCUCCCCAACCCCGGCCUCUGCUAGAAAAUGGGCCAUAAUUCAACUAAAUAGGUUAAAAGACCUUGCCCUAGAUGUUCAUGAAUACUGUAGUCACACGUUUUAUGGAUUCCACGGCAGGGAUGUUUCCUGUGCUCUGCUAAAUAGAGGCAAUACUAACACCAUUAAAUGUCAAGUCUAGUGUCUUUAUAGCACUGAUGAUACUGUUUUAUUUAUUACCUAAUAGACCAAAACAAUCACAUCUGGUUUUCUCAAGGAAACAGUUUUUGCUUUUGAUUGAAGGAUAGUUUAAUCUAGUUGGUACUAUCCAGAAUAUUGAUAAAUCAUAAAUUAUAGUAUUUUAAAUGAAUUGUCUGCAUAGUGGUUAAAUAGCUUUUUCCUCUUGCCUACAUCCUUUGGAAGGUUUCCUGAUUAUAUAUAAGCUCUUUGGGUAAGGCUUAUUCUUCCUGUCAGAACUUAGCACACAGCUCUAGUCUGUUUCUGUGAGUGUUACUGCAGAUCAGAGAUGUGCAUGAUGGGAGUGGGGGUAAGAAAUAGAGCUUACAGCUCAAGCAGAAACUGAAGCUCUCAUUCAUUAGAAUGAAGAUGCUCUGUCUGCACUACAUGAUCAGCAGUGAGGAGGGGAGGGUGAAAAUCCUUCUUAUCACAAAAGACACUGCAGCUUGAAGAAAUCCAUGUCCCUAAAUUAGCAACCCUGGGGCUUAUUUGCUCAAACCAGAAAACUUCUGAGCUUCCUCUUGAUCAGCUCCAGGCCUCACAGCUUGGGAGAAGUGGUCAGUAAGAAAAUACCAUUGCUACUGCUUUCUGUUGCAAACUAUUAGAAAUUACAUUGAACUCCAGACCUCACAGGAACAUGGAGCCAGUAGCCUAGCCAAGCUACAUGCUACUCUCAUUUUCAUCCUCAAACUCAGGACUGGCUUUGUGAGGAGACACUUUGUAUUCCAGCAGCUUUCUGUUAAAACUGGCCACACAUGCAAGUUCAUUGUACCUGCAUGCACUGCUACUCACAGGAGCUAGCACUUAAUUUGUAUUUAUUUUGGACUCAUUUAAGGUGUAAACUUAGUGUCCUAAUAUAUUUAUUUUUGAAGAGGGCCAUGUUACUAUACAUCUUGCAUUUUCAGCCUGUGUUGUUGAUACCUUGUGCAGUGACCACCAAGUAACUGUAUGCCCAUGUGUUAGAUACUGAUUACAUCGUUUGCAACACACUCAGUAUUUGUAAUUAAAGGUAUGAAUGUUCUGUGACCAGAGCCAGGGCCAACACAGAUGAAGUCAGCUCCUGGUGCAGUAAGAAUCCUGAAAAAUCUGGUCACCUGAUCCACUGCAUCUGGAUUGAGUGUAUUUUAACAGAGAAAAAUAAAAAACAAAAAAAAAUUUUGUAUAAAAACAAUGGCUUUAUAUUUUUUAUUUGUUAUUUUACCUUUGCCCAUGGCAUCCUUGAGCAGUGCACAUUGCUUCACUCCCUUGGAGCCACUUAGGACUAGAGAAACUGUUGACUGCUGCUCCAAUCUGCCCUUGUGUGUGUGUGUGUGUGUAUGUGUGUGUGUUUAGAAUAAACAUCCACCAAUUCUGUAUUUUUUAAUUAGAUAAUAGCAGCUGCAAAUAUUACAGCCAAUCUACAGAUCAAAACUACACUUAAU